CAGCCAGUGAGUCGCGAGCGCGACUGAUCUCAACAACCGAGUGGAUGGAGUCAUAAGAUACAAACAUGUUUCUUUGUGUGUGACAUAAGUUAGAGCUCAGAUACGCUAUACGGAUAAUAUCAACCGCUGUCAAACAGAUUCUGCCGCUGUCGCUGAAGCCGAAAGUCACAUUACAGCGGAAAAUUCUUGAAAAGGAAUGCCAGCACCCCCUGUCCACAGAGGGAAAGAGUGAGUUAAAAUAGGAAGGAUGGGGGAGAUGGAGGACGAGCGUACAUCUCAGGCCGGCCAGCUGUUUGAGAACUUCGUGCAGGCCACUACCUGUAAAGGCACCCUGCAGGCCUUCAGCGUCCUCUGCAGGCAGCUGGAGCUGAACCCCUCCGACCACAGAGGCUUCUACAGCAGCCUGAAAGCUGCCGUCACCUACUGGAAGGCCAAAGGCCUCUGGGGGAAACUGGACAAGAGAGUAAGCCACAAGGAGUACAGUAAGGGCAAAGCCUGCGUGGACACCAGAUGUCUCAUCAUUGGUGGCGGUCCCUGUGGCUUUCGGACUGCCAUAGAGCUGGCUUUGCUUGGUGCCAAGGUGGUGGUGAUUGAAAAAAGAGACACCUUCUCCAGGAAUAAUGUCCUGCACCUUUGGCCUUACACCAUCCAAGACCUCAGGGACCUUGGAGCCAAGAAGUUCUAUGGAAAGUUCUGUGCUGGAUCUAUAGACCACAUCAGUAUUCGUCAGCUGCAACUCAUGCUGUUAAAGAUUGCUCUCAUUGUUGGGGUUGAGGUGCACGUCAACAUGGAGUUUGCCAAGCUUCUCGAGCCACCUGAGGACCAAGGCACUGAUGGGCCUGGAUGGAGGGUGGAGGUCCGGCCGGCCGAUCACCCCAUCUCAGACUAUGAGUUUGAUGUGAUCAUUGGAGCAGAUGGAAGGAGAAGCACUCUAGAUGGCUUUAAGAGAAAGGAGUUCAGAGGGAAACUAGCCAUCGCCAUUACUGCAAACUUUGUCAAUCGCAACACGACAGCUGAGGCCAAAGUAGAGGAGAUCAGUGGAGUGGCCUUCAUCUUCAAUCAGAAGUUCUUCUUGGAGCUCAAGGAGGAGACAGGCAUUGAUUUGGAAAACAUUGUCUAUUACAAGGACAACACGCACUACUUUGUCAUGACUGCAAAGAAACAGAGCUUGCUGGACAAGGGUGUGAUCAUCAAUGACUAUAUUGAGACUGAACGGCUGUUGGCGAGCGAUAACGUAAACCAAGAGGCUUUGCUCUCUUACGCCCGUGAGGCUGCAGAUUUUGGCACAAACUACCAGCUUCCUUCUUUGGAUUACGCCAUCAACCACUACGGCCAGCCAGAUGUAGCCAUGUUUGACUUCACCUGCAUGUACGCCUCAGAGAACGCCGCGCUGGUGAGGGAAAAGAGCGGCCAUCAGCUGCUGGUGGCACUGGUUGGAGAUAGUCUGCUGGAGCCUUUCUGGCCCAUGGGUACAGGAUGUGCUCGAGGGUUUCUGGCUGCCUUUGACACAGCAUGGAUGAUAAAGGGUUGGGCUCAGGGCAAAGGACCCCUUGAUCUUCUGUCAGAGAGGGAAAGUAUCUACAGGCUGCUGCCUCAGACGACUGCAGAAAACAUCUCAAAAAACUUUGAGCAGUACACCAUAGACCCAGCCACACGUUACCCCAACCUCAACUCCACCUGCGUACGACCACAUCAGGUGAGGCAUCUGUACAUUAACGGCGAGCAGGACUUGAGUUCUCUGGAGCGCAGUGGACCCACAGGCAGAUCUGUAAACAUCUCCAGACGAGAGUCAGAGGUGCGUCCCAGCCGGCUGCUGCUGUGGUGUCAGAAGCAGACCCAGGGCUACAGGGGAGUGGAUGUGACCGACCUUACAAGCUCCUGGAGGAGCGGCUUGGCUCUGUGCGCCCUCAUUCACCGCCAGCGGCCGGACCUCAUUGAUUUUGACUCGCUGAACGAGACAGACUGCGCUAAAAACAACCAGUUGGCGUUUGACAUGGCAGAGCGGGAGUUUGGCAUCCAGCCGGUCACCACAGGAAAGGAAAUGAAUGCAGAACGUGGGCCAGACAAGCUCAUUAUGGUGCUCUACCUCUCUAAAUUUUACGAGAUGUUCCACAACUCACCUCAAUCCGUCGCAGGUGUACCCAAAGAGACUGAUGCAAAUAAUGAAGACUAUUCAAAGACCACAAACUCUCUUUACAACUCACUAAAUCAAGCUCUUCCUCGAAAGAGAAUCCCAAAGGUUGAUAAAAAGUUGGAAGACAAUGACAACAAAAAGAGGAAGAAGGCCAGCAGUCAUCUGGAGGAGCUAAUGUCCAAUCAGAGUGCGCCCCCUGUAGGUAAGAGAGAGGAGCAGAAGGAAAAUAAGGUGCGCUCCAUGGCAACUCAGCUGCUGGCCAGGUUUGAGGAGAAUGCGCCAAGCUGUGGUGUGCGCAGACAGUCUGAAUCUGAGGCUGACAAACCCGUAUCUCUGGACAUGACAGAAAACCUGCGCUUUGCCAAACCUAAGAGCCAGCCCACACCCCCUCCACCCAAACCAAAAUGGCAGGCAGAUGAAAGCUCUGCUGCUGUUUCCUCCUCUCCUUCUAAAGCCUUCUCAUUUCACGCUAUCCCAGAAUCCUCUACUCUUUCCUGUCGUCUGUCUCCUGUUCCUUCAGUCCAACACCAGCAGUGCAGUGAAGAUUCAGAAACACAGCUGAAGCUCGAUAAACACACAGAUCGGUCUGAAAUCAGACGUGUAGAGUGCCUUGACCCCUCCAAACAGAGAACAGUGGGAAAGGUUUCUUCUGCUAUUGGUGUUAAAGCAGCUACUCUGGCCAUCUUAUACGAGACCGAUCACAGACCUAACAACCCCUUCACCCUCUCGCUGACUAGCAUGCGAAAGGAGUUUCCUCUGGGUCUGGGCGGCAGCGACAUCUGUCACUUCUGUAAGAAGCGUGUGUACAUAAUGGAGCGGCUCAGUGCAGAGGGAUACUUCUUCCACAGAGAGUGUUUCCGCUGUAACAUCUGCGGCUGCACGCUGCGGCUGGGUGGUCAUGCCUUCGACUCCAACCAAGCCACUUUUUACUGCAAGCUGCACUUUUCUCAGAGAAAAAUCAGCAGUAGGCAUCGAAGAGGAGAGAUCAACGGAGUUGGCAGACCCUCGUCCAGCGCUAGUUCUGAUUACACGGCCACCGACGGCCUCCGCGGCCUGUCCUCAGGUACCCUGACUUCCCUUAUUAGGAAACGUCUGCACUGGCCACUGCACGUGGGCCGCACACUGUUCGGUACGCCCCGCCAGCUUGCCCGCUGGAUGUAUAAGGCAGCUCGGGCCGUAGGGCUACACCUCAGAGAGCGCCAGGAGGACUAUGUAUUCCUUUAUGAGCUACUGAGUCUGGGUGUGCCCUUCAUAUACGUGCUGCAUGAGAUGACAGGCCAGAUGAGCCGAGAGGCCAUCGCUCCCUCCCCAGUGAGCAUGAUGGAGUCAGUCGAGCCGUACCGGGGGCUCCAGCUUCUGUCAUGUGUGUGCGUGGACCCCGCAGGAGCCGAAUCAGACUCCAGAUCUCAGAAUGACCCGAUGGGUUUGUCGAAGCCCAGUGCUCCGGCUGAGAGUGCAGAGGUGCAGGCCCUCUCAGACUCAACGGAGAUCUGUGAUCACUUAUCAAAGCCCUUUGUGGCAUCAUUUCCUCACUCAGCUCUGCCCCUCGUCCUGAUUAAGAAAUUUCACCGUGGAAAACCAGACGAUAAAACUGAAGCCCUCGCAGAGGAAGAUGGAGACUCAGACUUUGAGGAGAUCCAUGAAUCUCUCUCCCCAACAAAGGCUGCAACAUCGACUAUAGAGUCUGGCUGCCCCCUAAUGGAGGACAAGAAGUCAACACCCAUUGAAGAGAUCCCAAAAAUCCCUCUAUAUCGCACACAUUUUCGUCCCGAAUCCCCAAAACCAAGCACUUCCUCUCCAGAGCCUGUCAUCACAGCCGAUCCCUCAGAGGCGAACUCCCUCAGCCCCAAGAAGAAGCUCACGCUGUCUUUAUCUGAAAAGGAGAAGCUGCUCAACUGGGACUUGGCCACUCCUGGAAAGCCCUUGACUUCUGGAGAAGAACAACGGGAUAGAACCUCAACGAGUCCUCCGAACGAUCAACCAGAACCAGAAGCUCCACCAAAACCAAGCCGUCCUCAACCUGAACCCACUCCUCCGCUCCUUGGCUUCCAACAGUGGGCCAACAGUCUCCGGAAGUCCUUCUCUACCAGCAAAGGAAACAACACUGUGGUUCUCAGGAGAAACAGGCCUCUGAAAGCCAGGCCGUUGUCUGAGGGCUCCUUCAACCUCAGUGGCUUGUUUGGCAGCAGCAUUCAGAGCAACCGGGAUGAGGAACACAGCAACACAUCUACCGACGACAGUCAAUCCAGAGUGAGGACAGGAAGUGAGCUCACCACGUUAAUGGAGCAGGUGGCUCUCAGCUCCAAGACCCACAAGGGCACAAAAGAUGACAUGGCCUCUUUACCGCCCAGAAAACUCAAUUUCUUCUCCUCUCUGCGCAUUAAGAGGAACGAAGAAGCAGAUCAGAGGAAAGGAGACAACCAGAAGGACAUCUUGACCAUUCUUUCCAGGUUCAGAAGCAAAGCGUCUGCUCAGCAACAACAACAGGAGUCCAACUCAUCUAGUGAAGAGGAACAGGAACCAGACUCACAAAGGACUCACAGUGGCACCUCACAAAAGAAAACAGCCGUCCAACAAACCAAGAGAGAUCAGCUUAAAAGACUUCACCGGGCUCAGGUAAUCCAAAGACAGCUGGAGGAAGUUGAGGAGAAGCAGAGAGCUCUGGAGGAGAAAGGUGUGGCUCUGGAGAAGAUCCUCAGAGGAGAAACUGGCGAUGAGUCCACAGAUGAGACCACGCUACUGCAAACCUGGUUCAAACUGGUCCUGGAGAAGAACAAACUGUCGCGAUAUGAGUCUGAACUCAUGAUCUUUGCUCAAGAACUGGAGUUGGAGGACACUCAAAGUCGGCUACAACAAGAUAUGAGACGACGAAUGGCCACUGAAGACUGUGAGAAGAGUGCGAGUGAGCUGACUGAGGAGCAGAGCCUGCUGGUGGAGAUCAUGAAGGUGGUGGAGAACAGAGACAAACUGGUGAGUCUGCUGGAGGAGCAACGGCUGAAGGAGAAAGCCGAGGACAGAGAUCUGGAGAGCAUGAUCCUCUCCAGAGGCUAUCAGUUUCACUGGACCUGAACUUCUCACACUGGAUGAAGAGCUGCUGUAGUGACCUGCAAGAAGAACUACUUUAGACUGAGAGAGCCUUAUUUGAAGAUCAACUUCUGGAUCUUGAACAAACUGGAACACGCUUGUUUAAUCAAACCCAACUGAAUGCUGCCUUGUGUGUUCUUGAAAAGAAAUAAACCAAAAACCAAACACGUGCCUCUUUAUUAACUGAAAAUGAUGAAUGUUAGAUUUCAAAACACAGGUUGCACAGCCACAGAGGUGAGAGGACUGACUGCAAAUGUUAUUCACACUGGUGCAAUGAUAUUUCUAUAUAGUUAAAGCUAUUUUUCUUGGACUUGUUUGAUUUAUCGUUCCUGUUUUGUUGAAACUUUUGUUGAAAUGUUUGUUCCGUUCUUUAGUAAAUAUUCCAAUAGAGGCCAAAGUUUAACGGCAGUGAUAAAGUGUGUCUGUUGAGUAUUUGUUUGUCUCUUAGUCUUGCAAUGAACAUGAUAUCUUAAGUGACCUUAAAUUGCCGCUCUUUCUAAAGUAAAACCAAAUAUCAUUGUUUCAAGAAUUAAGAUUUUUGUUUGCCUUGUGUAAUUUAUUUAAUAAAUGUAAAAACAAUGA